UUUCGUUGCGGAAAAUCAAAUCAUUCGCUUGAUCAGUGCACAUUCAAAGGGGUGGAAUGUCAUUUUUAGACAACAAUCUACAAGGAUGAAACAGUCAUCGACACAUCAACAAACCAGCGUCAAAGUCGAUGAGCGCAAUGAAUACAGCAUGUACAACGUCCUCGACGAGUCAAGCAAGUCGUCACCGCAUAUAGUAACAAUCGAACUAGAAGGAGUUCCAUGCAAGUUUGAAAUAGACUCAGGUGCUGCACAUUCGGUAGUUGGGAAAAGUACUUUCGAACAAGUGAGGCGUACAGCAAACAGCCUACAGCUAAGACAACCAAAUGUGAUACUGAAAGAUUACCAGAAACAAAACAUUGAUCUUUUAGGUGCCUGUGAUGUAACCGUUAAGUUCAAGUCGAGAUGUCAACGACUAACCCUCAUAGUGACGGAACAAGAUCAUGCAAACCUCUUAGGUCGUAACUGGUUUGAGGCAUUAGGCAUAGCCGUGGUUGGUAUAAAUUUUCAGACAGCAAAGGUCACUGAUUUAUAUCAAGAAUUCGAAGAUGUCUUUUCACAUGAAUUAGGCAAAUUUAAGGGCCCUCCUGUAUCCUUCAAUCUAGAUGAAAACAUCAAACCGAUUAUUUGCAAGGCAAGAAAAGUGCCAUAUGCCAUGAAGCCUCUCAUUGAGAAAGAGUUAGAAAAUUUGGAAAAACAAGGUGUGCUAGAACCUGUAAGCCACCCAAAUUGGGCAACACCCAUUGUAGCUGUAAUGAAGUCACCCACAGAAGUGAGAAUUUGUGGGGAUUACAAAUCCACAUUGAACACGGUCCUCCACACAGACACCUAUCCGAUUCCAUCAGUACAGUCAAUGCUAGCAGUUCUAGCAGGGGGAAAAUACUUUGCUCGACUGGAUCUCCGACAAGCUUUCCAGCAACUGACCGUGACAGAUGAGACUGUAGAAGCCCAAACCUUAAUAACGCAUAAAGGUGCUUUUAGAGUGAAGAGAUUGCAAUUUGGCAUUAACAUUGCUCCACAUAUUUUCCAAAGAUUUAUAGAUCUUAGAUUAGCGGGAAUCCCUGGGGUUCUACCAUAUUUUGACGACAUUUUGGUAGUAGCCUCCUCAAUGGAAAAUCUAGAAAUGCGUCUGCGAGCAAUAUUAUCAAGAUUUAGAGAAGAUGGGCUCCGGUUGAGAAAAGAAAAAUGUAUUUUGUUAACGAACAAAGUGAAAUUCUUGGGGUACGAGAUUACAGAAGAAGGUACUCGGCCCUCCGAAGAAAAGAAAAAAGCUAUAAUAGAAGCUCCGACUCCAAGAAAUGUAGAAGAACUGGCAGCAUUCCUGGGUAUGCUCAACUUCUAUAGUAUUUUCCAUAAGAAUAAGGCAGAAAUAGCCGAACCCCUACAUAAGUUGUUACGAAAGGAAACAAAAUGGAAAUGGGACAACAAGCAGCAACAAGCUUUUGAAAAACUGAAACUUCUUCUGUCCUCGUCAGAAGUCUUAGCCCACUACAAUGAGAAAUUCGAGCUAAUUUUGACUUGUGAUUCCAGCGCUUAUGGAGUAGGUACUGUCCUUAGUCAGAGAGAUGACCAAGGUUUUGAAAGACCUAUUGCCUUCCACAGCCGUACACUGUCUUCAACAGAGAGAAAUUACUCACAGCUGGAUAAAGAAGCCCUAGCAAUCUUGGUGGGUGUCAGAAAGUUUCAUGACUACUUGUAUGGUCGCACAUUCGAAGUAAGAACCGACCAUAAACCGCUAUUGGGAAUUUUAAGUGAAAAGAAGCCGUCAGGAGAAAUCCUGUCACCUAGAAUGCUUCGAUGGUCACUCAUUCUGAGUGCAUAUGAUUAUAAAUUAUGCUACGUCCCUGGAAAACAAAUCCCGCAAGCAGAUGCGCUGAGUCGGCUUCCUCUAAACCAUCCAGAGAUCCAGAUACCGGAAGAAGCCAGUGUAUUGAUGUUAGAAAGUAUGCCAGAACCACUUUUCACUGCCAAGCAAGUCGCAGAUCAAACAAAUAGAGAUCCGAUACUCUCUAGAGUACUUCAUUGGACAUGGCAUGGAUGGCCAGACUCAAAAGAAAUCCCUCAAGAGUUCAAGCCAUUUCUAACCAGAAGAAAUGAGAUCUCAGCCUACAAGAAUUGUUUAUUAGUAGACAACAAGGUUAUUAUUCCACCAGGAGGGAGGGAAGAAGUCCUCGAUCUUUUACAUAGCGGCCACCCAGGUAUUGUGAGAAUGAAAGCACUAGCAAGGUCAUACGUUUGGUGGCCGGGAAUUGACCAGGCCAUUGAAGAGAGAGUGAGCAAAUGCCACGCGUGUCAAGAGUCCAGACAUAUGCCACCCAAGGCUCCCGUUUUUCCAUGGGAAUGGGCCAAAGCUCCGUGGACACGUCUACAUAUAGAUUUUGCGGGUCCCUUUCAAGGUCAUAUCUUCCUCAUAGUGGUAUGCAGUUACAGCAAGUGGCUUGAAGUCAGAAAGGUCCCUUCAACAUCCACAGAAGCAACUGUCCGAGUUCUUAGGGAAUUGUUUGCAACCCACGGCAUCCCUGAGGUCAUAGUAAGUGACAACGACACAGCCUUCACUUCGGAGGAAUUUCGAGUCUUUGUAGAUAGAAACGAAAUCAGACACACUCGCAUUGCGUCGUAUCACCCCAGCUCCAAUGGGCAAGCAGAAAGACUAGUCCAAACCACCAAAGAGAGUUUGAAAAAGCUUGCCUCUGGAGACAUUUAUACAAAACGGAGUCGAUUCCUCCUUCAGCACCACAUAACCCCAAGCACUGUAACAGGGCGCAGUCCAGCAGAAAUACUGAUGGGACGAAGAUUGAGAACAGUUUUGGAUCGAACUCAUCCAGAAUCCAUGCCACAUCGUAACAUGAAAGAACAAUCCCCGUUGCCAUCACGACAAUUUAGACCUGGUGAUAAAGUUUAUUCGAAGAAUUAUAGACCCGGUCCAAAGUGGAUACCAGCCACUGUUGAUGAAGCGUUUGGUCCAGUUUCCUAUAAAGUCGUAACAUCCACUGGCCAGGUUGAGAGGAAACAUGUGGACCAACUUCGUCUGAAUAGAAGGGCUGUACCGCCUUCUACCUCUGCAAGUAGCUUGCCUUUGCCUUCCACGUCGACGUCGUCAAGUGAUCAACGAGGGUCAAUCAUCGAAACCCCUGAAGCAGAGGCCGCGCCAUCUUAUGGGCAGUCCGAGAAGUCGCAGAGAUAUCCCCAACGUCAACGUCAACCCCCGAAGCGAUUAAAUGACUUUGUCCAGGAGGGAGGGAUGUAGUGUACCGCCCUGAUGCGCAGGUCCGCGGAGAAGCCGCGAGAGGGCAGGUCGAUCGUAGCCAUGGCAGAGUGAACACGUUAUAUUUGUUCGUUACAUUAAUUGUUGUAUUCGUUAUAAUAAAUUGUUAUCUUAAA